CUAGUUUCGUUUCGGUAUCACAAUCUGGGUGUUAUCCCAAGAUUAGCCAGUGAAGGAGGAGUUCUUGUAAACCACAGCUCGGCUUAGUAAGAUGUCAGCAACCCUCAGAUAAGAAAACGUGUAGGCUUUUCGUAGGAUAGCAAUAUUUUACAGUGAUCUAAACUCAGGUAACUGAUGGAUUUUAAAUAAUUUCAGGAAAAGUAUUGACAAAAACUGGAAAAUGCUUUAUAACUAUUAGUUUAAAAUCCCCGCGUGGAGGGCUGUGACUCUCAGAAGAGCGAGGAGACUACUGCUGAUCCUUCCCAGCUAAUUCAAGAGCAUUUGAGGAGGAACUACAGUGCUGAGCUUCUUCCUUGACCUGGACUCACCUCACCAGUGUCUGGGUAAUUACUUCCACUCAUCUUUCCUUUACUCUGUCUCUACUGUUCCUCCCAGAUCACUCUCUGCCAUCAGUCUCAGGGUCCUGGGGUAAUACUUCUGUAGAGCUGAAGAAGAGGGUGGGCAAAGGUGAUGACAGCAGCAGAUACUGAUGACUCUUGAGGUCCGGGGCAUUGCUCAGCUGAUGGACACACUUUUUACUGAAGGCCUUGGGUUAGCCUACUCUCUUUUGUGGUUGGUUCAUCACACCUGUGCUUUGCCCAGACCUAGACCUCUCUCAAUGUCAAUGCCAAACUCCAGUGCUGUGACCCAGUUCCUUUUGGAAGGGUUCUCCAGCUUUGGGUGGCAUCACAGGCUUGUGUUCUUUGUUGUCUUUCUAACUCUGUACCUGCUGACUCUCUCUGGCAAUGUUGUCAUCGUGACUAUUAUACGCCUGGACCGUCACCUCCACACCCCCAUGUACUUCUUCCUGAGCAUGCUGUCCCUCUCUGAGACCUGCUACACUGUGGCCAUCAUUCCCCGUAUGCUUUCUGGACUCCUGAGCCCCCAACAGCCCAUUGCUGUCCAAGACUGUGCCACUCAGCUCUUCUUCUAUCUCACCUUCGGCAUCAACAACUGCUUCCUGCUCACGGCCAUGGGCUACGACCGCUAUGUGGCCAUCUGCAACCCGCUACGGUACUCGGUCAUCAUGAGUAAAGAGGUCUGUGUCCAGUUAGCAUCCGGAUCACUGGGAAUUGGUCUGGGCAUGGCCAUUGUCCAGGUAACAUCUGUGUUUGGUCUGCCCUUCUGUGACGCCUUUGUCAUUUCUCACUUCUUCUGUGACGUGAGGCCCCUGCUGAAGCUGGCCUGCACGGACACCACUGUCAACGAGAUCAUCAACUUUGUCGUCAGCGUCUGUGUCCUGGUUCUACCCAUGGGCCUGGUCUUCAUCUCCUACGUCCUCAUCAUCUCCACCAUCCUUAAGAUCGCCUCAGCCGAGGGCCGGAAGAAGGCUUUCGCCACCUGCGCCUCCCACCUCACGGUGGUCAUCAUCCACUAUGGCUGCGCCUCCAUCAUCUACCUCAAGCCCAAGUCCCAGAGUUCCCUGGGGCAGGACAGACUCAUCUCGGUGACCUACACGGUCAUCACCCCCCUGUUGAACCCUGUCGUGUACAGCCUGAGGAACAAGGAGGUCAAGGAUGCUCUGCACAGAGCUGUGGGGUGGAGGCCCCUUUCCUCGUAGCAAGACAAGAUUGUUGAAAGCCUUUCACUUGAUUUUGUAAAUGUAUGUUGAUUUUAAUGCUGUUUCAAUAAUUCUUUUAAGUAUGAGAUCAAGAAGAACAGACUAAAGUAAGGGGAACCAAAACUGUGGGCUUCUGUUUGGGUUUGUCACGGUUUCCUAUGCCCUUGUUCAGAGAGGAUAAAAAGUGGCCUGGCACAGAGAGAUAGAUGGUUCUGGCAGCUGCAUGGCUCAGUCUGCUAAGCAUCUGCCUUCAGCUCAGGUCAUGAUCCCAGAGUCCUGGGACUGAGUCCCACGUCCAGCU